GAUCUUUUCUUCACAUGGGCAUUGCCAUUUACCUCACAGCAGCUGCCCCUGGACUGUGCAGCUACUCGGGUUGCUUUAGAAGAAACAACCAAAACUGGCAGAUCCUUCUGUCCCUUAUGGAAAGCAAGUUUUUUCUCUCUGUCAGAAGUGUUCUUCCAACCUCAGAAAAGCAAGCAAAAUAUAUUAUUCUCCCCCCCCCUCGGGUGACUAUUGCAAAAGAAGAUACAGGAAGAGAAGCAGGAUUCUUGGAUAGAUUUGUGUCCAUUUAUUCUGUUGCGUAGAGAGUGACUCACUCAUUUGUCCGACGUAGAAAGCAGAAGAGCUUUGCUGGAAGAGCUCCUGACUUAGAAAGAGACAUCCAUGCCAAAAGACAGACGGGCCUGGCAGCUCAUGGACCUCCCCUGGGCAAUGAAGAAUCCAACCUGCUUGAUGGCAACCAUGACAGUACUGAUCCCUGCCAUUUUUUGCCAAGGUGCGGGGAGCCAGGUCUCAAGUUAUACACUGGAAGUGCCAGACUCUGUCACCGUGCAGCGAGGUCUCUGCGUUCACAUUCCCUGCAAAUUCACUUAUGAGGAUCAGUUCUCAACCACAUCUCAGGAAUUAUAUGUCUACUGGUUUAAAAAUGAUGGCUCUCAUCAUGAUAUGGACCCCUCCUACUAUUCCUCCCGCUAUGUUGCUGGUAGCCUUGUGGCCACCAAUGACCCACAGCAGACAGUGCUAAGAUCCGCAGCAUAUCGUUUCCAGCUAACUGGAGAUCCAGCUCAAAGAGAUUGCUCCUUUGCCAUCAAUUAUGCUGAACUUCAAGUUGAGGGGAUAUACUAUUUUAGAAUUGAGAAAGGAGAGAACUUAAGAUUCAGUUAUCUCACUAAUCGGGAUAGAUCUUUUAUUUCACCUCAAGUUUCUGUGACAGAGCUGACAGAGAAACCAAAGAUCCUGAACUCCUCUGAGCUUGUUUUGGGGAAGAGCAUCACUCUCACUUGCCAGGCACCAGGGACCUGCUCAUGGACCCACCCAAAAAACUGGCCCAAAAUCUCCUGGAAUACUAAGUUAAUAGGGUCCACAGGGUCUCCACAGAACUAUCAACACAGCAACGGGAGCUGGACCUUUGCUUCUGGCUUCACCUUCACACCCCUCCUGGAGCACCAAGGCAAAGCCCUCACUUGCCGUGUCUCUUACCCAGCAAUCUAUUCGAAAGCAGUUGAGAACACCAUCCAUCUGGAUGUUACCUACCCACCUCAGGACAUCAAAAUCUUUGUGAGCGUAACAAGGCCUGGACACUCUGACUUAUCCCGGCAGAUAGUAGAGGAGGAUUUGGUGGCCCAAGAAGGUGACACCAUCAGCCUUCUCUGUCAGGCUCAGGGCAAUCCUUAUCCCACCUUGAUAUGGAUGAAGAGCAACAAGACCCUUAACAGCUCCACGCAGGACCAGACACUUCUGCUCUCUAACAUUCAGUCUGAGGAUGCGGGGGAGUAUCAAUGUCAGGCCAAGAAUUUUCAUGGCUCGAUCUGGAAGAUGCUCUUCAUGGAAGUGCAAUAUCCUCCAAGGACAGUGACGUUCAGUGUCUCCCAAGCACGCAGGAGGGACCCAACACUAGCUCGAGAUUGCCCCAGGGAAGUAGCCAAUGGCUCCCAGUUGACGGCCCAGGAAGGCGACUCAUUGCAGCUGCUCUGCAGGACCAAUAGCAACCCUCCAGUCACCGCGAGUUGGGUCAAGGAGGGCAGGACCUUCAAGAAUCUCCUAGAUAACUGGUUGAAUUUGACAAAAUUGACAGUUGAGGAUGAGGGUGAAUACAGGUGCCAGGUCAAGAACUCCAUAGCCUCUGCUCAGGGGAUCCUCCACCUCUAUGUAGCAUAUGCUCCCAAGCUCAGCAGAAACCCCCACGCAAACACUACCUGUUGGCGUGAAGACAAUGACCUUCUCUGCAACUGUUCCCUGCACUCCCAGCCUCUACCUCAGAUCCACUGGCAAGUAGACGGGAAGAUUGUGACUGAGAACAGCAGCAGAACAAACCAGAAGGUCUCUUUCUCCAUCCAGGGGAAUGAGGUCACCAGCUCCCUAUGCUGGACAGGCAGUCCAGAGGGGGACCACAGCAUCAUCUGCCUUGGGAAGAAUUCUUUUGGAGUCUACACAACACAUUUCCUGCUUAAUUCCUUGAAAACAGGAAGCCAUUCAGCACUGCUCAUUUCCGGGUUGUGUGGGGCUUUGCUGGCAGUUGGUGUCUUCACACUAGGCCUGUGCCUGAUCAAGUUUUAUAAGCAGAGGAAAGCAACUUCGAAAGCAAGCACUGUAGAGGCUGUGGAUUCUGUGGAUUCUGCCAAUGGAGGGCACCAGAGAGCCAACAACUUCAGCCUGAUCUAUAGCAACAUUAUGCCUUCGGGUCAAAGGGCACCCUAUGCUGGCCAGUCUAAAGCAGCUGGAGAGAGGAACCCUAAAGCCAGGCAGAUCUCCGGAUUUCCCAGUCCGAGCACAGAUGAGCCAGAUGACCUUCACUAUGCAACUGUGGAGUUCAAACGCAAAGGAGGACCAGUCCCAGAGGAGGAAUCUGUGGAAUAUUCACCAAUCAAAUGGAAAUAAACAACCUUGUUCCUCAACAGGCGCAAUCCCAUUAUAAUGGAAGAAAGUUAUUUGAUGGGCAAUAGGGGCUGGGUAUGGAAGCUGGGAGUGAGUGGAGUGGGCUACAAUAGUAAGCAAUUUGGGUUUAGCAUUGACAAGGUAAAUAGAAGGAGAAGCCUUAGAUAUGGCAGAUAUGGAAAGAGUUUUCCAUUUGAGUAACUCUGGCAUUUGCAGUCUAAUUUAUACUCCGGGAAGGAGGAACUGGAAGAAGGCAAUGCUCAUGGACCUGGUUAGCCAUCUUACUCUCAGCAAAAUAGACAUUACCUUUCAUCUGCCUGUCUACUUGCCUGUGAACCUCUCCUCUCCCCAAAGUGAUUAACUGGGCUGUUGUGAUGUCACAGAAUGUUCCCUGCUGAGUAGGGAACAAAACGAGUGUUCACAAACAGCGCACCAUCUUCUUAAAGCAACCUAGUGUCCUCCAGAUGUUAUGAACUACAACUUCCAUCUGCUCCAUCAUACAUGACCGAUGGGCAGGGAUUAUGGGAGUUGUGGUCCAAAACAACUGGAGAUUACCAGGAUGGGAAAAACCUUAAAGCUUUGGUUUGAAAAGUUUGACUUUUAAAAAAAAUUAAAACAUAUAUUGUACAGCUCUAUUUUUUUAAAUAUGUUCAGUAAAUGUCACUAAUUCUUUCUA